AUGUGUACCAUCAUAACUGCACUGGACUCAAACAGCCAGAUUGUCAGCACUUAUAUCCUCACAGCCAUGACUCUUGACCGCUACUUGGCGACGGUUCAUCCCAUUCGCUUCAACUAUGUGCGUACGCAGUGUAUGGCUACACUAGUCAUUUUAUCAGUGUGGGGUCUGUCCAUGCUCACCAUUCUCCCUGUGUGGCUCUAUGCUGGACUCAUGACCCUUUCAGAUGGACUAGUGGCCUGUGCUCUCCUGCUGCCAGAUCCAAUCCUUAAGCACAUGUCAACAAGUGUAGCCCCUCUCCCCCUACGCAGUCUACGGCUUCGCACUAGGAAAGUAACCCGCAUGGCUGUGGCCAUCUGCUUGGCUUUCUUCAUGUGCUGGGCUCCUUUCUACAUCCUACAACUGGUCCACCUUGGAGUGCACAAGCCCAGUGCUGUCUUCUCCUAUGCCUACUACAUUGCAAUCAGCAUGGGCUACGCAAACAGCUGCAUUAAUCCUUUCAUCUAUAUCAUCUUGAGUGAAAACUUCAAAAGACAGUUCCUUAGCGCUGUGCGUCCCAUCAACAGAAAACUUAGAGUGAAUCCGAGUACCACAGAGGGAGGCAGCGUCAGCAUCCGGAUGAUCCCUGAAGGAGGACAGCAGGAGCCGGGAUCUGGGCUGCUAAACCCACUAAAUACUGUACGGGGUGAAAUGUAA